AUGCCGCCCCGAACAACGAGCCAAGCAGAUGGCGGCAGUGCUUCACCGACUAAUAGAAGCAGGCCGAUGGUGAUUCCUCGACAGGGCCGCAGCUUCGACACGGAUUUCUCGACCAGUGUUACAGAGGAAACGAUCAGCAGUUCGCAGUCGUCGAACUCGCUUAUAAACCCAGAAGAGUCCUCGGUGGCCGAGGGUGAGGGCCAUGGUGGCCACGGUGUUGGUCACGGGGGCCACAGUAGCGGUUACGGCAGUGUACCGAACCUGGUAGGGACCAGCUGGUCUCAGGGAAAGCAAGGUCGAAGCAGACCCGGUCUGAACCGUACGAACAGCUCUUACACUACCACAGACUCCUUUAUGGGAAAUAACGGAAGUUAUAUAUCGAUGUCGUUUGUGGGGUCUCCGACGCACGACGACGAGGGGGAGUCGGAGCCCGAGGGUGACACUUUGGAGGAAAGCAGUACCGACAACGGUGCCGAAGAUACUGUCGGGCCUGAUGCUGGAUCAGACCGAGACAGUGCGUCGAAAACGUCAGUUCCGAUGGCUGUGGCGCAGGCGAUGGUUCGGCCGCAGUUGUCGCAGUAUUUCGAACCCAGCAGGCCUCAAAACGAAGCUUGGCAGGAUCACACGCCGUAUCACAAUACACCGACCUCUGUUUCGAGCUCCUACCGCAAAAAUGCGUUUAUGACGCCGGCGAAAGAGAUGCCAGCACAAUCCACGGAGCAAGACCCGGUCGCAGAGCAGGAGUUGGUCGAUUUGGCUGAGUUUUCGACUGACAAGCUGCUCGAAAUGCUCACGGCGCUACUGAAUAAGAUCGUCAAGUCUAACGACCAGCUCCAUUGGCAGCGGCCGAACGAAGAAGAGAGUGGUCACGGAAGAUACGAUUCUGAGGUUCUAAGUUUCCGGGGCAAACAUGUGCCAGCGAUAACGCUGCAGCAGUAUUUCCAACGAAUACAGAAGUACUGUCCGACGACUAACGACGUAUUUCUGUCGUUACUGGUGUAUUUCGACCGCAUUGCCAAGGCCUGUAACCAGGGCAAAAGCCAGGUGUUUGUCAUGGACUCCUACAACAUCCAUCGCCUUAUAAUAUCGGCGGUCACGGUGAGCACCAAGUUUUUCAGCGAUUUUUUUUACAGCAACUCGCGCUAUGCGCGAGUUGGUGGCAUUUCGCUGCAGGAGUUGAACUUUCUGGAACUACAGUUUCUUGUACUAUGCGACUUCGAGCUUAUCGUGCCCGUCGACGAGAUGCGCAAAUACGGGAAACUCUUGCGGGACUUCUGGCAAAGAGAGAAUGGGGACGGGUCGGGCUCUCCGAAACCUGCCGCAAAUAGUGUAGUGUAG